AUGAUACUACCAUUAGCUGCGAUCAUUACUGAGAUAUGCUCUACCCAAAACACCUAUAUCAAGAUUUUGUCAGGGCCACUGAAAGGUGGCUCCAAUACUAUAUAUGAGAUCCAAUCUGAGGACGGGGAUCGUUGGUGUCUUCGAAUCCCCUACGAUGCCGACGCAGCUAGAUUUGCUACAAAAGGGACUGUCGUUCUAAAGGAUGCAAAAGAGAAGUGCCCAGCGCUUCUAGUACCUGCUAUUGUUUAUCAAUCACAGUAUUAUACUGUUAUGGACCAUCUUGAUGGAGAGGCUCUUAAAUCCUGGAAUACGCAAGUGUUACCAAAAGAACGAUGUCAAGUUUUGCUGGAUGGCCUUGCGACCUUCCUGUUUUCCCUAUGGACCUUAGAAGAGGCACAAGACACUCAAGUGUAUAGAUUACAAGAUGACCUAGUGCCUUAUCCAGACGAUGGGGUUGCUAUAUUUAAGCAUGGAGACUUGAAUGCAUGGAACGCGGUUGUGAACGAAAGAGGCCUCUCCGGUGUUGUGGAUUGGGAUACCUCCCGAUUCGCGCCUGCCCCUUCAGCUAUCCAGUACCCUAUUUUUAUUGCGGAUAUUCCGGGGUGGCUAAAUGACGAUGUCCCUAAAGAGAUGAUAUUUGAAGAAGAUCGAGCCUAUUCAGAGCAUGCAAUAGGGAAAUUAGAUGCGAGUUCUGAAAACCCUGGGCGGAUUGAGUAUCUACUAAGAACUUCAUUUGAGAGGCAAUUCUUAGAACUGUUGCUUCGUAACCGGAAGAUCAACGAUGAGUAUGUUCAACGAAUAUUAAAGCAUGAUGCUAUACUAGAUGAGAAUGCGGCCCUCGAGCAGUUAGAAGAUUUUGUUUCUGUCAACGAGUUAAUGCGAGCGCUCCCUGUAGUAUUAAAAUUGCGAAGCAGGCUUAUUUGA